CAAGGAGACAGCCGCGUGCACCCGCGCUCUGUAAUUUGGCGCCCACCCCCUCGCUGCUUCCAGGCUCUGUAUCAACACCGCACAUUGACCCGGGAACAGCAGCAGCAGUUACUUUCUCCCCGAGCAGCACCGCUUCAACGUGGUGCGCCCCAGACGCGCUCUCCAGUUCAGGAUGGACUCGUCUCCUUCCCUUCACCUUUACCACUGACUGUGACGCUGCUGUAGUUCUGUGGGAGUUCCCGGGGAAGGAGUCGGGACUGAUCCUCUGUCUGCUGUCUCGCCUUUCUGCUCGGUUUUUAAUUUGAUUAAGCUGCCACUGUAUACUCAUCUCCGGGUUUCGAAAUGGGAAUGUAUUUACAUGUGCUGCUUUUGCAGUACUAUUUCGUCUCGAGUUUCGUGUGCAACGCCGUCGCUUUCGUGGAGGAACCCUUCGGAGUAAGGUCGGACGGGUACUGCGGUCGGAUCCUCCGGGCGCAGACCCAGGGGACCCGGAAGGAUGGGCACCAUGAGUUCAGACUGAGAGUGGAGGGGGACCCGGAAACCUACCAGCCCGGCAGCACUUACAGAGUGAUCCUCCUGGCAACCAGCCCUGCUUACUUCAGAGGUUUCACCCUCAUAGCGCUGAAGGAGGGCAGAGAGGGCACCACAGACGACGACUACACUGGCCAGUUCCAGAUCAUUGAUGAGGAUGACACACAGUUCAUGACCAACUGUGCCCCUGCAGUGACAGAGAGCACACCUCGCAGACGCACCAGGAUUCAGGUCUUCUGGACGGCGCCACCUACUGGGACUGGCUGUGUUAUACUAAAGGCCAGUAUUGUCCAGAAGAAAAUCAUUUAUUUCCAGGAUGCAGGCUCUCUCACCAUUCGACUGUGUGAGAAAGAGCCUGUGUUCGGUGAAGCCACAGAAGUUCCUGCCAUGGAGUGCUGCGCCUGCGGAACAGCCAAGUACAGACUCACCUUCUAUGGCAACUGGUCAGAGAAAGUACAUCCAAAAGACUAUCCAAGACGAGCCAACCACUGGUCGGCUCUGAUUGGUGCGUCUCACUCCAGAGGCUACGUGUUGUGGGAGUAUGGAGGUUACGCCAGUGAGGGCGUCCGUCAGGUUGCAGAGUUUGGCUCACCCAUCAAGAUGGAAGGAGAGAUUAGACAGAAGGGAGAUGAAGUACUGACUGUCAUUAAAACUAAGGCUCAGUGGCCGGCAUGGCAGCCGCUCAACCUGCGAGCAGCUCCAUCAGCAGAGUUUUCUGUGGACCGGACCCGUCACCUGAUGUCCUUCCUGACCAUGCUUGGGCCCAGCCCAGACUGGAAUGUGGGGCUGUCAGGAGAGGACCUCUGUACCAAAGAGUGUGGCUGGGUCCAAAGGCUGGUGACAGACCUCAUUCCCUGGGAUGCAGGCACUGACAGUGGUGUCACAUAUGAGUCACCAAACAAGCCCACCGUUCCUCAGGAGAAGAUCCGGCCCUUGACCAGUUUGGACCACCCCCAGAGCCCGUUCUACGACCCAGAGGGAGGGGCAAUUACACCCGUAGCCAAAGUGGUAGUGGAACGCAUUGCUAGAAAGGGAGAGCAAUGUAAUGUGGUCCCUGACACCAUAGACGACAUCGUAGCUGAUAUUGGACAGGAGGAGAAGGAGGAAGAUGACACACCGGAGACAUGUAUCUACUCAGGCUGGUCUCCCUGGUCAGCGUGUAGCAGCGCUACGUGUGAAAAAGGCCGCAGGAUGAGGCAGAGGAUGCUGAAGGCCCAGCUGGACCUCAGUGUGCCGUGCCCCCACACUCAAGAUUUUCAACCCUGCAUGGGACCGGGAUGCAGUAUGGAGGAGCCAUCAACGUGUAUGAUGUCGGAGUGGAUCAGCUGGUCGGCCUGCAGUGUGUCCUGUGGGAUGGGGAUGAGGUCUAGAGAGCGAUAUGUCAAGCAGUAUCCUGAGGACGGCUCGCUCUGCCAGCUCCACACUGAGGAGACGGACAAGUGCGUCGUCAACGAUGAAUGCUCAUCCAGUAGCUGUGUGGUGACUGAAUGGGGCGAGUGGGACCCCUGCAGCGUCACCUGUGGGUUGGGCAUGAGAAGACGUGAGCGGAUGGUGAAGAUGCCUCCUAUAGACGGAUCAAUGUGUAAGACCGAGGUGGCCGAAGUGGAGAAAUGCAUGAUGCCAGAGUGCCAUACCAUCCCUUGCAUGCUGUCACCCUGGUCUGAGUGGAGUGAGUGUAGUGUGACGUGUGGGCGGGGCGUACGGACUCGUCAGAGGAUGCUGAAGUCUGAUCCUGCAGAGUGCACCGAGGAGCUGGAGCAGACAGAGAAGUGCAUGCUGCCCGAGUGCCCUGUCGACUGCAUGAUGUCUGAGUGGUCUGAGUGGUCUGAGUGCAACAAGUCCUGCGGUAAAGGGCACACCAUUCGGACCCGUAUGAUCAAACUGGAGCCACAGUUCGGAGGCAGACCUUGUCCCGAGAGCAUCCAGAGGAAGAAAUGCAAGCUCAGGAAGUGCAAAAAAAGUUGCAAGAGGAAGCCGUGGACCAGCUGGACGGACUGUACCAAACCAUGUGGAGGGGGGAUCCAGGAACGUUCAAUGAUGGUGAAGAAAAGAGCUAAAGCCUCUCUGAUGGAGAGUUGUAAGAACCUGAAGGAGAUCCGUGCCUGUAACGUUCAUCCCUGCUAGGGGGCACUACUGAGCUACAGAGGAGGGGAACAGCGGGUUAAAUACGCAAUGUGUGAAAAUAUGGGUUUAUUUGUUAAAGAUGACGAUAGGGAUUAACUUUUUGUGUACAGGGAUGUGAGGUGAGGGUGAGAUGAUGGGUUAGUUUGAAAUUUUGGGAAAAGGAGAUGAGUUUAGGUAAGUCGGCUGGAGGGGAGAAGAAAGGAGGGAAAAAGCAGAAGAUGAUACUGUGCUGUUUAGUGAAGCCAUUGUAGGUAUUUAGUUAACAGGGCUGACUUUUACUUUAGAACACAAUGGAAGAAUUAGAGAGUUAUUUCUGUGUCCUGCAAAAAAUAAAAUCAGCUUUUCAGGGAUUGUAGAAGAAAGAAACUACAGUCGCUUUGCCAUUGAAACAUUUUUUGUGUAUUUUCAGUAGUUUUGGACGUUGGGGUAUGAAAUACGGUUAGGGAAGAGAUCCUGGUAUUCCCCGGAAUCUGCUCAUAUUUUCUGAGAAAAAUACUCACAUCAUACACCCACCUCUGCUCUGGGGGAUUUUUGUUCCCUGACUUUAGCCUUAAAGGCAGGCAACUUAAGCAACUCUUAGAGCAGCACCAAGCCUGGGAAGAAGCGCAUUAAGGACAAACUCUGAGAACAAAAGUCCACUCCCUUGUUGUCAUUUCAUAAUCCAUGUACUUCAUGAUAUGGAGGAUUUUUGUUAAAACACUAGUAGCUUGCUAAGUGGGCACACACAACUACAAAUAUGAAGCAAACACAGCAAGGCGCAGUAUUAAACAGGAAAACAAUUUGACAGCGAGGACAUUCACAACAGUUAAGAGCUACAGGGAGAACAGCUCUAGAAAGAGACGAUGACACAAUGUUAGUUAACAGCGUUGCACCGGCGGCCACAGCACCUAUGGGUUGAUCAGUGGCGGAGGAAGUGUUCAGAUCUCCAUUACAAGUAAAAGUCCUGCGUUGAAUAAGGUACUUAAGUUGAAGUACAGAUGUAUUAUUAGCCAUUUGUACUUAAAGUAAUGUACAAAGUGCUGGAGCUAAUUUGAACAAUUUUAUAUCCGUUGCUUCGUGUAAUCCAUAACAGAGCAUCAUAUUUUAUAAGCUCAGCAUACAGUAUGUUACACUGUUUCCCUCUGAGUAGUAGAGUAGAAGUAUGAAAUAGCAUGAAAUAAAAACACAUCAAGAUACCACUACAUCACUGGAAGCACCGUCCCCAACAUAAAGUGCAGAGCAACGUUCAAAAGUUGUACUAAUCAAACUUUGAACCCUUGUAUGAAAAAGUUUAAAAUGGCAACUGUCACCUAAUUGAGAAAAGGCAUAAGCUGAAGAUGUAGAAUUUUUUUUGCAAGACAUAGAUGCUCAUACAGGAAGUCUUUAAAGACUUGUGGAUGUACUGUAUAUCUAACCACAACACUUAUAAUGACACUACUAUGUAAGUACUAAAAACCACUUUCCCUAAUAAACAGACAUUUAAAUGGAGAUGUUUUAUACUGUUAAGAGUAGUCUUUAUAUACUGUACUGCUGUUUAUUUGUCGUUUCAGCUGAUGUAGCAUUAAACCUGCGAUAGCUCUCGCUCUGUCAGAAGAUCUUACUUUAGCAUGUGCAAAGAUGAUUCUUUUUGAUUGGACAUUUCGCUUUCUCUGCCGUAGAUGUUGUCUUAAAACAGAUAGCUAAAUGACUGUAUUUGCCUUUGUUGGUUCAGAGAGUUUGCUGCAAAAGAGGUUGAUGGAAAACAUUGCAGAGAUUUCCACAGUAUUACAAACUGUAAACUGACAGCUCAGCAUACAGAAGACUGUUACUGGGGGCCUUGGUUACAACACACUGUUUUUAUGUAUUGUUUUCAUUGCACUUUUCAUAGUGUUACCUUGAUGAGUGUGAUCUGUAUAAUCUUUUUUUAAUAUUACCUAGCAGAUUGUGUUGCAGUUUUCUUUUCUGUUAUAAUAAGAAUGUCAUCACCAAAGGAUUUUCUGUAGAUUUGUUUCUUUCUUUGUCUCUGUAUCACAUGGCAAUUUUCUAAGAAACCACCUUUACAAUAAAAAAUGUAACUGUGAAAAUCA